AUGAAUUGCCUAGCUCUUUCACUGGGCUUCGGCUUCUGGUUUCAGGUCGCUGAAACAUUAAUCUUUACCUAUUUUGCUUCCAUAUCGUUGGCCGCCUCACAGGGUCUUUUCCCACGGCUGGAGAACGUUGGGGCUUUCAAGAACGUUUCACUUUUGCCAACCCAAGCAACAUGCGGACUACCAGACCGAAGCACUUUUUGUCAGAGCUCUGUGGAGGCUGACCGGAUUCGGUUCUGUAGCCAGAGGUUUUGCGUUCAGGACUGCCCAUUCAGAUCGGAACCCCCCACCUACACUGCCCUGUUCUCAGCAGGCCUCAGGAGCUGCAUCACGGCAGACAAGCAGGAUCUGCCUCCCAGCUCCCCUAGCAAUUCGACAAGCUUUAUUUUUGGAAAUCACAAGAAUUGCUUCUCUUCUCCUCCUCCUCUAAGGCUGGCGGCAUCAUUUACUUUAGCUGUGUGGCUGAAACCAGAACAAGAAGGUGUAAUGUGUAUUAUAGAAAAGGCAGUGGAUGGGCAGAUUGUGUUCAAACUUACAAUAUCUGAGAACGAGACCAUGUUUUAUUAUCGCACCAUAAACGGUUUGCAGCCUCCAAUAAAAGUAAUGACGCUGCGGAGAAUUCUUGUGAAGAAAUGGGUUCAUCUUAGUGUGCAGGUGGAUUGGACAAAAAUCAGUUUCUUUAUCAAUGGUUUGGAGAAGGAUAAUACAGCUUUUGAUGCAAGAACUCUGCAUGGUUCAAUUACGAAUUUUGCCUCUGGUACUAUGCGAAUAGGACAGAGUUUAAAUGGUUUACAGCAGUUUGUUGGAAGAAUGCAAGAUUUUCGAUUAUACCAAGUGGCACUUACAAACAGGGAGAUUCAGGAAGUGUUUUCUGGAGAUCUGCUCAGAGUGCACGUGCAGUCACAGUGCCGCUGUCCCGGCAGUCACCCUCGGGUCCAUCCUUCCAUGCAGCGGUACUGCAUUCCUAACGGUGCAGAAGACACAACUGAGAACCGAGUGUCAAGGCUCAACCCCAGAGCCCAUCCUCUCUCUUUUGUCAAUGAUAAUGAUAUUGGUACUUCGUGGGUUUCACAUGUGUUUACAAACAUUACUCAGCUUGAUCAAGGAGUAACUAUUUCUAUAGACUUGGAAAAUGGACAGUAUCAGGUGUUUUAUAUUAUCAUUCAGUUUUUAAGUCCACAACCAACAGCAAUAAGGAUUCAAAGGAAGAAGGAAGACAGCCUAGACUGGGAAGACUGGCAAUAUUUUGCUAGAAAUUGCAGUGUUUUCGGAAUGAGAAACAAUGGAGAUUUGCAAAAUCCUGAUUCUGUCAACUGUCUUCAGCUUCCCAAUUUCACUCCAUAUUCCCAUGGGAAUGUUACAUUUAGCAUCCUGACACCUGGACCAAAUCGUCGUCCUGGGUACAAUGACUUCUAUAACAGCCCAUCUCUUCAAGAAUUUGUAAAAGCCACACAAAUCAGGUUUCAUUUCUCUGGGCAGUACUAUACCACUGGGACUGCUGUCAACCAGAGGCACAGAUACUACGCAGUGGAUGAAAUCACCAUCAGUGGGAGAUGUCAGUGCUAUGGCCAUGCUGAUACCUGUGAUACAAAGAGCCAGCCGUACAGAUGCCUCUGCUCUCGGGAAAGCUUCACGGAAGGACUUCACUGUGAUCGCUGUUUGCCUCUUUAUAAUGACAAGCCUUUCCGCCAAGGUGAUCAAGUUCACACCUUCAAUUGUAAACCCUGUCAAUGCAACAGCCACUCCAGGAGCUGCCACUAUGAAAUUUCCGUGGACCCUUUCCCGGCUGAGCACCUCAGAGGGGGUGGAGGAGUUUGUGAUGACUGCGAGCAUAACACUACAGGAAAGAACUGCGAGCUGUGUAAGGAUUACUUUUACCGACAGGUUGGUGCAGAUCCUUCAGCCAUCGAUGUUUGCAAACCCUGCGAGUGUGAUAACGUGGGCACUAGAAACAACAGCUUCAUUUGUAAUCAGAUUGGAGGCCAGUGUAAUUGUAAGAGACACGUGUCUGGCAGACGGUGCAAUCACUGCCAGGAUGGAUUCUACAAUCUUCGAGAGUCGGAUCCUGAGGGCUGCAGUCCCUGUGACUGUAACACCUCUGGGACAGUGGAUGGAGAUAUUACCUGUCACCAAAAUUCAGGCCAGUGCAAGUGCAAAGCAAAUGUUAUUGGACUUAGGUGUGAUCACUGCGAUUUUGGAUUUAAGUUUCUCAGAAGCUGGAAUGAUGGCGGAUGUGAGCCCUGCCAGUGUAACCCCCACGGCUCUGCGAACAAGUUCUGCGAUCCUCUUUCUGGGCAGUGCAAGUGCAAAAAAGAAGUCAAAGGACUUCAGUGUGACACCUGCAGAGAAAACUUCUACGGGUCGGACGUCACCAGCUGUAAGACCUGUGACUGCGAUAUGGCUGGAACCCUCCCUGGGACGGUCUGCGAUGCUAAAACAGGGCAGUGCGUCUGCAAGCCCAAUGUUGGAGGAAGACAGUGCAAUGAAUGUUUGGAGGGAUACUUCUACCUACAACAGCAAAAUAAUUCCUUCCUCUGCCUGCCUUGCAACUGUGAUAAGACUGGGACAGUAAAUGGCUCUCUGCUGUGUGAGAAAUCAACAGGACAGUGUCCUUGCAAAUUAGGGGUAACAGGUCUUCACUGUAAUCAGUGUAAGCCUCACAGGUACAAUUUGACCAGUGGCAAUUUUCAAGGCUGCCGGAUGUGUAAGUGUGACUCCCUGGGGACACUGCCUGGGACCAUUUGUGACCCAAUCAGUGGUCAGUGCCUAUGUCUGCCUAAUCGUCAAGGAAGAAGGUGCCAUCAGUGUCAACCAGGUUUUUAUAUUUCUCCAGGCAAUGCCACUGGCUGCCUGCCAUGUUCAUGUGAUGUGUCUGGUGCAGUUAAUCAAAUCUGUAAUAGCCUAACUGGUCAGUGUGUGUGCCAAGAUGCUUCCGUUGCUGGGCAAAGUUGUGACCAUUGCAAGGACCAUUACUUUGGAUUUGAUUCUCAGACUGGAAGAUGCCAGCCUUGCAGUUGUCAUCUCUCAGGAGCCUUGAAUGAAACCUGUCACUCGGUCACAGGCCAGUGUUUCUGUAAACGAUUUGUCACUGGCUCAAAAUGUGAUACGUGUGUUCCUGGUGCAAGCCAUUUGGAUGUCAACAAUCUGUUGGGCUGCAGCAAAACUCCAUCCCAGCAACCUCCACCCAGAGGACAAGUUCAAAGUUCUUCAGCUAUCAAUCUUUCCUGGAAUCCACCUGACUCUCCAAAUUCUCACUGGCUUUCUUACGGUUUAUUCAGGGAUGGCUUUAAAAUCUACACAGCUGAAGAUCAAUACCCAUACCAUAUUCAGUACUUCUUAGACACUGCCCUGGCUCCAUAUGCCUCAUAUUCCUAUUACAUUGAGACUACCAACGUGCGUGGUUCAACAAGGAGUGCAGCUGUCACUUACAGAACAAAACCGGGGGUCCCACAAGGAAGCUUGAACUUAAGUUGUAUCAUUCCUAUCAGCUCAGACUCUGUGAAACUUACGUGGACUGCACCGUCAGAAGAAUCCGGUCCUAUAGAAAAAUAUAUUUUGUCUUGUGCUCCUUUAGAAGGUAGCCAGCUGUGUGCUCCCUACGAAGGUCGUGAAACCUCAGCUACCAUCCAGAAUCUGGUUCCAUUCACCACAUACCGCUUCUCUGUGCAGGCAUGCACUAGUGGGGGCUGUUUGCACGGCUUGCCCAUUACAGUGACCACAGCCCAGGCCCCUCCCCAAGGGCUGAGUCCACCUCGGGUGCGGAAGACCAGUUCUACAGAACUUCACAUAGAAUGGGUACCACCCUUGGAACCAAAUGGAAUAAUUAUAAGAUAUGAACUGUACAUGAAAAGAUCGAGUUCUAACGGAGAAAGCAGCUCUGCAGAAAGUCGAGUGUUUCAGAACAGUGGCUGGCUGAGUCCUCACCCAUUUACAGAAUCGGCCAACGAAAAUGCAUUACAACCUCCUCAAACAGCCACGGUCAUCACUGGCUUGGAGCCAUACGCCAGCUACGAGUUUAGAGUCUUAGCUGUGAAUAUGGCCGGUAGCGUGUCUUCUGCUUGGACGUCAGAAAGAACAGGAGAAUCAGUGCCUGUAUUCAUGAUCCCUCCUUCAGUCUUCCCUCUCUCACCAUACUCUCUCAACGUCUCCUGGGAGAAGCCAGCAGAUAAUGUUACAAGGGGAGAAGUUACAGGGUAUAAUGUCAAUAUGAUUUCUGAGCAGUCACCUCAACCAUCUAUUCCAGUGACGUCUUCACAGGUACUAUACACUGCUCAAUCCCAAGAACUGUCUUAUGUUGUAAAAGGACUGAAACCUUACAGAAUAUACAACUUUACCAUUUCUGUCUGCAAUUCAGUGGGUUGUGUGACCAGCGCUCCUGGAGCAGGCAAGACUUUAGCAGCAGACACAUUUCAAAUGCUCAAUAGCACUAUGAGGCUAGUGACUACUGUAUUAAAUGGUGUUCGUUUCACAGGGAACGGGUAUUGUAAAUUUCCCAUCUCCACUCUGCCAGUCCACACAGACUUCACCGGUAAGUGUGUUUGACAUUGCUUCCCUGAAGAGGCACCAAGCCUUUCUAUCUGGUUGAUAUCCCCUUACACUGAAGUUUUACUACACCUAUUUAUAGAAAUACUAACUAAGCCUUUUUAUAUGU